CAUGAACUUCAGGGGGAACGUUAGAUUUGAGUUUGGUUUUAAAAAAGUUCAAGAUGCUCUGGCGGUGCUUUAUCUGCUGCGUUUUUAUUUAUUUUUCAUUGAAACUGUUAUUGAGCCAUAUCAAUCGACAGCACAGUCGCAGCCCUGAUUUCAGGUUGCUCUGUGGUAUUGACGGAUGUACUGAGGAAUAUCGAGUGUACAACUCCUUCUACCAUCAUGUAAAGAGAAGACACUCUCAACACCUUCUUGAAGGCACCAGACCAGGUGACGGCACUCAAGAAGGUGAACAUCCACUGGAGGAAAGCCAAGUACUGCCACAACAAGACAACAUUCAACCCGAUCAGCUUCUAGCCAACUCCAGCAUCACUGAUCACCAACUCCAUGACUCAGAUGAAGGGCAAAUGGGCAUUGACCAAGGUGGAGCUGUCACAGUUCAACAAGAUUUGACAACACAUGCCACUGCCUUCGUGAUAAAUGCUCGAGCCAAGCAUCGUCUCUCACAGAUGCCCAUCAGUGGCCACCUGUACAGGCCAAUCCGGCUGCACCUUGGUUCCAGAAGGCCAGCUAGCCAAUCAGCUGAGUGGGCCGUUAUAAAAGGGAGAAGGCCUGAAGAGUUCAGGGGUGUCUUUUGUUUCAAUGUGCAGUGUGACACUGCUAGAGGUGCAAGUUUGCGAGAUGUCUGCACUCUGCCUUUAAACGAGGACUGA